AUGGUGUUGUCUGUCCCAGUGAUUGUUCUGGGAGCUACCUUGGGGGCUGCUUCCAGCCUCCUUGCCUUAUGUGGUCUCACCUGCUUCUGCAAAUAUAAGCGAGGGGGGAAAGGAUCCCCAGAGAAGGGACAUGAUCUGGACCCCGAGAAUGCCAAACCCAGCGUGCUUCAGACAGUCCAGCAGUUCAACGUUGAGAAGACAGCAGAACCUGUACAGCCCAGGACAAUCUUAAAGUUUCCCCAUAUCUAUGGCCCAAAGCCUGUAGUGACCUCUUCGGAAAUUGUUAACUGUGCAGACUACACCUUGAAGACAACAAAAGAGCAAAGGAAAGGGAAACCUGGAGCUCUGGAUGAGAAAAGGGUGAACAUACAAGUCAAUGAAGAGUUAUUUCUUCCCCCUCAAAAUGGUGGCAUGAAGGACGUGUGUGUCACUGAGCGCCUGAGUCCUGAGAUUGCCGGCGUGUGCAACCAGGUCCCAGAACUUCGCUAUUCUCUUGGCUACAACCGACAGAAGGAAGCACUGUGUGUUGCUUUUCUUGAAGUUAUGUAUGGAGCCACAACAGGAGACCAAAGCAAUGGCUGUGAUUGCUACAUCCUAGCCACUUUGGUGAGCAAGUCUGGUAUUACUGAAGCCCAGACUGUACUGAAGAAGAAGCAGCCCCAUAUUGUCUGGGAGGAAGCUCUGCUGCUUCCAGUCAAGGAAGAUGAACUACCUGAAGGGAUACUGACACUCACCUUGAGGAACUGUGACAAGUUCUCCAGGCACAGCAUUGUGGGGGAAAUUAAGACAUGUCUGACUAACGUGGGGGACCCAUAUGGAGAAGUGCAGUGUGAGAAGAUGAAGACCCCUGACAAGGAGCCAGAUGCAGGAUUUGGAGAAGUUCUCCUUUCCAUCAGCUAUCUGCCUGCAGCAAACCGUCUGCUUGUAGUGCUCAUAAAAGCCAAGAAUCUCCAUUCCAAACAGCUGAAAGAGCUCCUCGGGAAGGAUAUUUCUGUCAAAGUGACUCUAAAGCACCAGUCCCUGAAACUGAAAAAGAAGCAGACAAAGAGAGCAAAGCACAAGAUCAACCCAGUCUGGAACGAGAUGAUUAUGUUCGAGGUGCCCCAUGAUCUGCUUUGUGCCUCCAGCGUGGAGCUGGAGAUGCUGAGCCAGGAUGCCGAUGGGCAGAACCACUUACUGGGCCAGUGCAGCCUCGGCCUGCACGCCACCGGCUCAGAGAGGAACCACUGGGAGGAGAUGCUGAGGAACCCCAGGAAGCAGAUUGCUAUGUGGCACCAACUUCACAUGUAG